AUGGCUUACUCUGCCAUGACUAAGCUUGCUUUGGUGGUGGCCUUGUGCAUGGUUGUGAGCGUGCCCAUUGCUCAAGCCAUAACAUGUGGCCAAGUGUCCAACAGCGUUGCACCAUGCAUACCCUACGUGAUAGGCGGUGGAGCUGUGCCUCCAGCUUGCUGCAACGGCAUCAGGAACGUCGAAAACUUGGCAAAGACCACCGCUGACCGGCAGGCCGCUUGCAACUGCCUGAAACAGCUUUCCGGCAGCAUCCCCGGAGUCAACCCUAACAAUGCCGCAUUGCUUCCGGGCAAGUGUGGAGUUAAUAAUAAUAUUCCUUACAAUAUUAGCUCCUCCACCGACUGCGCCACGUACCGUGAUGUGAGCUUGACGCAGAUAAUAUCAGAGAGUGAGAAUAAAAAUGUGGCUAUGUGA